AUGUGGAAUGUAUUUAACUUCAACAAUUUUGAUGAUAAAUUAAAAAACCUAAAAAAUGAAAAAGAAAUAUAUACUCAUGAAGACUUAAGAUACUACUUUGAAAAAUUAGUAAGAAUAAACUUAAAUAAUGUUAACAUAAAUAAUUUCAUCGAACUAUUAAGGAAAAUUACGCAAAUAACAAUAUGGGGGGAUAAAUAUGAUGAUCAAAUUUUUCAGUACUUUUGUGAAGAUAAUAUUUUCAAUCAUUUUAUUUAUUUACUUAGACAAAAAAUAAAUAAAAAUAUCAGGAUUCAAAUAUAUCAGUCCCUGACCUUGUUAAUACAAAACCUGCAGAAGGAUAUAUCAUUGUACUACAUAUUUAGUAACAACAAAAUAAACAAUUUAAUUUAUACAACGUUCAUUUAUCAAGAUGACGAAAUAAUGCCCUAUUACAUUUCAAUUAUUAAGUCCAUCUCGUUUUUUCUUAACUACCACACGUCCAAGUUCUUUUUUAACGAAAAGAGUAUGAAAUUCCCCCUGUACACAGAGUCGCUACGGUUGUACAAAUUCAAUGAUAUAAUCACAAGGACAUACGUAAAAAAUAUUGUUCUGAACAUUUUAAAAAUUGAGGAUGAGGGGAUAGAAAAUUUAAUUAUCUUGCGCUCGUCAUUUUUCACUGUGCUAGUUUGCUAUUUGAGGAACCAUAUAAUUAAGAUGAAUAAAAUAUAUGCAAAAAUUAAAGAAUCUGAAAAAUUAAGAAAACAAUUUAAUAUUUAUUUAGAUGAAAUUGAUGAUGUUUUAUAUUUUUUUGAAGACAUGCUUAAUUGUGAAAAGAAAAGAAUUAAUGAUAUGCUAGUAGUAAAACUUUUAAUUUAUUUUUAUUUCCCAAUUAUUGGUUCAUUUCAUAGUUCUAUAUAUUUCGAUGGAAUAAAUUCUGAAUGUGAUAAGAAUUUGCAAAAUUCUGUUAAAAGAGAAGAAGAAAUAUGUAGAAAAAAUAAUGCAUAUGGUGCUCCUAAUAAACAAGUAAACUGUAACAGUAUUGAUUUUGUCUAUUUUUCAAAUCAGAAGUCUAGUGAUUAUGAAAAGGAAGCAAGUAAUAAGGAGGAGAUUAUCAUUUUAAAGAAGGGUUUGUCAUGUGAGCAGGAUGAAAAUGGGGGGGUAACUUGUAUCGAAAGUGGAAAUAAAAAAGUUCAGCAAAAUAGCACCCACCUUCAGGAAACAAAAGAGUGCAAAAAUGAUUCCAAUUUGGUGGAAGAACAGUAUAUGGAUGAGAACCAGUACGAAGCGGAACCGCUGCAUUCGAUGCAACUGGAACUACCUCAAGAAGAACUGACUCAUGAACGGAUAGAGAACCUUGAAUACCUAGCGAAACAAGGUGAACAAACAACUGAGCAAGAGACAAGUACAGACGGAAAGGCAAAUGAAAAUAUAUGUCCCAUUGCUCUAGAUAGAUUAGAAAGUAUUAAUUAUGAUAAUAACAUCCCCUUUUUAAAAUUAGUUCAUGAUAAUUUGAAGAAUAACAAAAAUUUUGAUUUUUGUAAAAGUCUGUCAUCAAAUGAAUCAUCGGUUCACUCAAGCAUGAGUAAUAUAGAAAUCGGACAGGAAUUAAAAAGUGAGGGGGGAAUAGUACGUAGCAGUGGGGAACUGCAGAACUUGACGAACACGGGAGGAGAAAAGAAAGAGAAUGAAAAUAUUGUUAAAACACAAAAUACGAAUAACAAAAAAAAGAACAAAAAAGGUGAUAGUGCGUAUGAGUUUCUCUAUUUUAGAGGAAGAAAUAGCUCAAAGAAAGGACAAAGUAUAGAAAUAGCAAGUGCUCAAGGAAAUAAGAAAGAUAUAAUGGGUAAUGAUAAUGCUGAUAAUGUUGGAAAUACAUAUGAUGAUAUUGAUGAUGAUGACACAAUAAAUGCUAACAGACAGACAGAUACAGUAGUACCAACAGGAGAUGCAACGGCAGCAGCAACAGACAGUAACAGUAAUAGUAACAGCAAUGAUACAAGUUUUGUAAAGGAAGAUGAAAUGAAAAUCUCUUAUUGCAGGAGGAGGAAAAAAAAAAUAUACAUCCAGCUAAAUGCAACGAGUGGAAUAUUGCACAAAAAAAAAAAAAAAAAGAUUAGAAGUAGUACGAACGACAAUGAUGGUGAGCAUAGUAACGCUAAUGGGAAUGCAAGCGGUAAUGCAAGCGGUAAUGCAAGCGGUAAUGCAAGCGGUAAUGCAAGCGGUAAUGCAAGCGGUAAUGCAAGCGGUAAUGCAAGCGGUAAUGUAGGUGAUAAUGCGAGCGAUAAUGCGAAUGAUAAUACAAACGGAAGUGUGAAUUACUCCUUUCUAAGGUAUGAUAACGAACUUUCGGAGUUAAAAAAAUUACUAAACAACAACAAUCUAUUAGAUGAAUUGAAGAAGAAGAACAACGACUUGUGCGAUUUAUGCCACGUGGAAAUACCAACUCUACAAAAAAAAGUAACAUUAGAUAAUAAUAUUAAUAGUGAUAUAUAUAAAUACUUAUUUAAUUUUAACUGUUUUACUUUAAGCGUGUUAAAUCAUUACAAUGAAAAAUUAAGUAUAACAAAUAUUUUUUAUAAUAUAUUUAAGGUAAGUUUGUUUUUCCAUCCAUUAUGCUAUAUUAAUUCCUUUAAGAAUUUUUCCUUAUUAUACAAUUACCUUAUUAACACUACUUUGUCAUUAUUUAUUCUUAUUCGUUCGCUUAAUAUUCUAAAAAAUGAUAAGAUAAAUAAAAUUGUGUAUUCACUUAUAUUUGAUGAAUAUAUUAAUGCACACUUUUUACAUAAAAUAUUAUCAAACGAGUUGAGAGAUCCUUAUUUUUACAACUACUUUUUUGACCCACACAAAAAAAUGAAUAUUAACAAAAACCCAAGUGAUGAUAUAGAAUUUGAAAAUAUAUACUGCUCCUCCAUUGACCACCUAUUGCCUCAAUAUAACAAAGAAGAGGAGAGUGUUUACUUGAGGCUUGUCAAUAGCUAUUACAAUGAAAUUGCGUACCAGAGGGGCGAACCUGUUAGUGGAGGGGUAGACGUGAAGGAAGUAAACGUAAAGGAAGUAAACGUAAAGGAAGUAAACGUAAAGGAAGCAGAUGUGAAAGGGAUAGACUCGAAUGGAGUAGGCUCUAAUGGGCUAGACCCGAAUGGGGUAGACGAAAUGGGAGAAGUCCAAAAGGAACAACAGGGGAGCGAAAAUGGGGAAGGCAAAAUAAAUAACCCGUUAGAAAGAAACGAUGAUAGCUUGAGGAAGUACAACGAGUUAAGCAACCCUAUACUGUUAAAUUUUUUAUUAUUGACUAAUAUGCAAAAAGAAAAAAAUAUAAAAAAAUGUGAAAAAGAUAAUAUAAAAAAUAAAAUUUCAGAUAUAUAUCUCUUAUUAAGCAUUCAGUUUGUUCAUAAUUAUAUUAAGAAUUUCGCUGGUGAUAUAAAUAAUAUAGAUAUACCAUUUUUUAAAGUUUCCGAUUAUAAUUGUGUUUACGUUUUUUGGAGUAUUAUAAAUGUUCAUAUAAAUAAUUUAUAUCUUCGAAUUAUUACCUUAAAACUGUUAAUUAAUUUGACCUUGUUAUAUAUCGACAAAAUACCUGACAAAAAUUCGUGCAUUAAUUUUUCAACGCCUUUAUUAAAUUUAAUAAAAAAGAUUAAGAAUAAACUGGCAAACAAAAUUAAAAAUAUCAUCGGAAAAAUGGAAUACAAAGUAUGCCAGAUCUUUUGGAUACCUAAUAAUUUGUGUUCCCCAAUUGGAUUUUAUACUAUACUAUUUUCCUCAGAAGACAAUCACUUUUUAUGUUAUCCCGUUUCUCAAAUUGAAAUAUACCGGCGAAAUGUUCAUGCCUUGUUUGUUCUGGAUGGACUGUCAAAGAAGUUGCAGCGAAUAAUCUCACAUAGGAAAAGUGAAGAUGUUAGUUCCAUCCCGUUUGAUUUUAGUUACAGUGACAUAACGGCCUUGAUUGAUAUAAAGAACAAGCAUACGAUUAAAUGCUACUUGAAGAAUAACAAUAAAAUUGUAAUGCUCGAUUUUGCUAACCUGCUCGCUCCUUGUGGGUUUAACUGCUACUACAUCGAAGACAACUCAAACUUCUUGCUGUGUAUCCCUUCGAAUAGUCAUGCAAAUCAAGCCCUUAUAAUUUUUAGCUACCCGUUAAUGUUAAUUGAUUUGUACAUAGACAAAAAUGAUAACAAGAAAUUGAUAGUUCAUAUAUACAGUUACAACAAUGAAGAUAGUAAUAGCAGUAACAAUAAUAGUAACAAUAACAGUAAUUUUAUGGAUGAUUCAAGUGCUGUUAAUUUUAACAAUUCAGAAAAAAAUUUCAGUAAUAGUACCUUUGAUAGCAAUAAUAUGAACACGGUCAGGUGCUACAGCUCAAAUAAUAAUGAAAGCGCUUUAGACGAAAAUGCAAAAAUUCAUAAAAACGAUUAUAUACUAAACAAAUACAGCUCGACUUAUAAGAAGAACAAGACCAUAACCAAUGUGAAAAAGGAAUGGUGUCAUAAGGAGCUAAAUUUUAUGAAGAACGUUUUAAAAUUAAAUUUUUAUGAUACUACAAGAUCUUUAAUCGUAUACAAAGAGCUAAAGGUCAGCAUACAACACAUAAAUGACAUAUAUAAAAAAAAGCUAGAAGACUAUCUUAACACGUUUUGA